AUGCCUGUGAGGCCGGCGUACGAGUGGGAGCAGACGGAGGAGGAGGUGCUGCUGCGCGUCAGCAUCAAAGGGUUCAAGAAGGAGGCGAUCGACGUGUUCCUGUCGGAUGUCUUGGUGAAGGUUAACGCGGUGCCCACGUAUCUCCUCGUGCUGGACCUCCUGCGCCCCAUCGACGCAGCGCGAUCCACGUAUUACAUGGACCCAGAGGAUCGCACGAAUCUGCGUCUCCGUCUCCGUAAGCAGGAGCCCGGAAUUUGGCCGGAUCUCUGCAUCCAUGCGGACAAGAACGACGCGGCUGCCAUUCGCGAGCGACGCUCCGCUGCCGUGAAGCGGGCGGAGGAUGACUACAACCGUCGGCUGCAGGAGCGGGUAGGGAAGAGGGAGGAGGAGAGGCGGCGCAUGACGGAGGAGCAGUGGGAGGUGGAGAAGGCGCAGCGGCGACUGAUCGAGGGCCGUGUGAGGGAAGAGAGGGAGACGGCCGAGGCGGACCUCUACGUCUGGGAGGACGAGCAGAAAAAAGAGCGUCAGAAGCUACAGGGCGGACAGCAGUUUCCAGCAGCUGCAGCCAUCCCACAGUCCCCCGCUGACAUCACGCUGCCGCAGGCGGCGGAGGCAAAUGAAACCGCCGCUCCGUGUGUGCGGCACCCCAGUACAGUUGUUGUCCCUGUAGAAUUCACGCCAAAACUUGCUACAAUGCCGACACGUUCCCGAGGGGAGGAAGAUUACUAUCGUCGAAGUCGGUACAAACCAACACGCAUAGAGGACAGUCCCAUGUUCUGGAAAGAACGUGCCGAUAAGCACUAUCGGCACCAGGAAUGGCAGGCAGCAGCUGACGCUUACACGGAGUCAAUCAAACGCGAUGGUGCUUUUUUAACUUGCGUUUCAAACCGUGCCGCUUGCUUUAUUCAUUUGUUUGAAUACAAACGGGCCAUUGAGGACUGCACGCUGGCCUUGACUAUGCUGUCAAAUACUCCGGCAAGCGAAUUGACGCAGGAGCGGUACCGCUAUCUUAUGAUGAAGCUUCACGCCCGGCGUGGAGCGGCAUAUUGCUGGGGGCACUGUUGCGAGAAGGGCGUUGAGGAUUUACGCAUCGCAUCGGCGUACUGUAAUCCGGAGGAGGACGGGGACGUGUUGGCGGAUUAUCAGCUUGUGGAAAGCUAUAUGAAGGAGCGCGGCCUCUUGGAGACGAAGGAUCCACUAGAGGAGAAGUUGCGGGAAGCAUCCACUUUGUAUUAUAAUGGAAGGUACGCGGAAUCUGCGGCGGUGUACCGCGAUGUGCUGGAGGCGAAUCCAUAUGAUGUGAAGGCGCGCAACAACUUGAGCGCUGUUUUGCUGCAACGAGGAUUGUUUCGCGAGGCUUUAGAGGAGACCUCGCGUGUUCUAAGCUUUUGUCAGGAGGUUGCAGACGCCCUGAGUUGUGCUGGGGCUCUUUCCACGAACCUGUUGGAUAGCGACGAUGAUGAUGAUGUUGGCUCCGCAGGGGGCGAAAAUGCGGAUGAGAUGGUGCGACAGCGGAAAGCCGCGGCGCGAAAGGUGGGCGAGCGCAGCGGACAUGUGUAUGCGCUCUUGAAGGCAUGUGUACGGGGGGCGGCGGCACACUGCGGUCUGAAGGAUUACCGAAAGGCCUUGCAGCUGCUCGAACAGGCGGUGCGCAUCACACCGUACGACGAUGACCUUCAGGAUGAUUACAACCGUGUCGCAGAGAAGCUGCGAAUGGAGACACUUAUAGCUGCGUCCACAGCCGGGUCGUAG